UCCAUCAUUGGUGCUGGUGGUGCUGCCGUCAGCUCAUCUGAAGAAGCAGAAGAUCAUACCAACAUCUUCCUUUGUAAUACUACCAUUCACCUUUCAACGCACGUAUCUGAUCCGUAGCAUUUAAGGACCACUCCUCGUCUGCUAGCUUUCCCCCCUCCCUCGCUCCCGAUCGGGAAAAUGUCAUCCCCACCCUCCUUCCUCUCUCCCCUUUUCUCCUCCUCCCCCUCUCCAAUCCCAAUCUACCCUCUUCCCCACUUCUCCCACUCCAAGCCCACCUUCCCUGAACUCACCUCCCCAAUCGCCUCCUCCUCCUUCCACCCAGCACUCGAAGCUGCUCUCCACUUGGCCAAUGGGGAUCUCUACAGUGCGCAUUUCCUUGUAAGAAAGGGACAGGGAGGGAGGAGAGAGUUGGAUUGGGGACAUGGCUUGUUGCAUCGAUUGGAGGGAGAUUGGGGGAAUGCAAAGACAUUCUGGACCUCCUCUCCCUCCGGAUCUGGAUCUGGAUCUGGAUCUGGAGACUCAACGAUGCCUACACUGAGCAGUAAGCUCUCCCAUCCAUCGCAAUACCUCGAUCUUCUCCUCCUCCUCCUCCUCCUCCUCCCCAGCGCCGCUCCAAGAAGCGCAACGUGUCUCCCUUGCUAAAAGAGUAUACCAAACUUCCCACUUUGCAGAUAAGCUCAGGGAGGUCCCACACUACUCGCAAAGCGACCUCGAAGGGUUUCUCGCCGAGCCUUCCUCCC